AGAUGUAAUAACUGGAAGAACGAUGGGGCAAGCUAAUAGCCGUUAACGAACAAACACAAGCAAAGUCUUUCUUGUGUUUGAAAGUAAAUUUUAAGAGCCCCCCCCCCAAGCCGAACGGUAUAAAGUGUAACCUGUGACCACGAUUAUAUGUAGAAGUUGUAAGGGCCUGAAACGUUACCUCAGCGCUCGUUGGCUGUUUCUGACAACAUCACAUGAUCCGCGGCUGUCCGUGUAGCUGUUGUUAGCUUGUUAGCGGCUAGCUGCGUUAGCACCGAGCCUUCGGAGUUCACCAGGAAACGGUGCGACCUGACGUUAUAUCGAGCCACGCCAAGCUGCAAGGUCCAAACUGUAAGCCGGUUGAACGUUACCUAUAUGGCUGUUCACAUCAACAUUAAACAAAUGAGUAUGUGACCAAGGACUAGGGUGUACAGCACAUGAUCUGGACCAGUGGAUGAGGCCAAAAUCAAUCAGGGGUAAAUUAUUUCAAAGUGGUCGAUCAGGAGUGAAAAGCCAUGACAACAAAGACAUCCCUGCUGAAAGUCAUACUGCUGGGUGACGGUGGUGUAGGAAAAAGCUCCAUCAUGAAUCGUUACGUCACCAACAAGUUUGACGCACACCUUUUUCACACUAUCGGUGUUGAGUUCCUCAACAAGGACCUGGAGGUAGAUGGCCACCAGGUUACCCUGCAGAUCUGGGACACUGCUGGCCAGGAGCGCUUCCGCAGCCUGAGGACUCCUUUCUAUCGUGGCUCUGAUUGCUGCCUACUCACCUUCAGUGUGGAUGACAGCCAGAGUUUUCUCAAUUUAGGCAACUGGAAGAAGGAGUUCAUCUACUACGCAGAUGUCAAGGAGCCAGAGAAGUUCCCAUUCGUAGUCUUGGGCAACAAACUGGACGUGACAGAGAGGCAGGUGUCUACUGAGGAGGCUCAGCAAUGGUGCCAGGAGAACGGCAAUUUUCCCUAUUAUGAGACCAGUGCCAAGGAUGCCACCAAUGUAGCAGCUGCCUUUGAGGAAGCAGUGCGUAGAGUGUUGGCAUUGGAUGAAAGAACGGACCACCUCAUCCCCACAGACACAGUCAAGCUCCACAAAAAGCCUCGCUCUGCUGCCACUUGCUGUUCAUAACGUCCGGGAGUUAUCGUUAACAUUAAUUUGCUGUUAUGCCUGUUAUUUGACAAGGCUGUAUGUGUACAAUGCUGUAGUAACAUCUUAUUUAAGCAAAUUAUGCUCCUGGCUUUGUGAUUUGUUACACUGCUGAAGGUUUGAUAUUGUUAAUAGAGAGAAAGAUGAAACACUAAAUUCUUCCUAGUUUAAGUACAAAUAAACAUGAAAGCACUGAAUAAUUCACUCAGCUCCGCUACAGUUCAAAUGUCACGCUUUAAAAGGAUAGCAGAAAAAGAAACAAUAUUAUGUGUUGGCCCAAGACUACCUGUGGGGAUCUAAAAUAUACCAUGACAGAACGAAAACAAUAUUUUUGAAAAGUUUCACUUCCCUCUCAAAUAUUUAAAUGUUAAAUUCUAUUAUGUAGGCAAAUUAUAAUCAUUAAAAAUCACUCACUGAAAAUCUGUUCAGAUGUGUACUACAUCGGGAGUGCACUUGUCAUAGGGUCCAUGAACCUCACUCCAGAAUGUGACAAUGCAGAAACGUGAUGUUCUGAAUACUUAAAUUUAGAAAAUAACUGAAUAAUUAAAACAAUUUAUACAAACCAAUAACCUUCUUUCUGAGGAUUAUACAGUAGCAAAGGCACUACUUUGUGUAACUAACAAAUUGAGGCUUGUGAUUAUUGCACCUUUUAGGUCUUGUUUCCGCACAUUCUGCAUAGUGAAUAGAUUAUGGCUGUGUGCUGGAAGCACAAGAUCCCUAAUAGAGGAUAAAUAUUUAAACAAAGCUAACAUGCAUGGCAUAUGGUGUACUUAAGUUUCUGGAAAAUUUUGUAUUUUGUAAACUGUUUUUACCUUAUAAAAAAAAAAAAAAAAAACAUCACUGAAUCAAACUGCAGUAUUUCCUUGAGUGAAGUUAAAUGAAAUAGUGGUCAUGAUUGAGUAAACUUUUUCAUCAAUGUUAGGCUUACUGUUUUAAAUAAUGAUUUUGAUCUUUAAAGAACUCUAUUAACAUGAUUAUCCUUACAGUUGAAAGCCCUUCCCCACAGCUAAAUAUUUAAAAAUGGUGAAGAAUUCAUUUACCUCUUUUUCAUUCAUUUUAAUUUAUAUUCAGAGUUGUACUACUGGUAUGCCAAACAAUAAAUAACCCCCCUUGAGAA